CAGCCUCAUCGCACCUCUUUGACUAUGGCUCCACCGCCAACGGGGGCGACAGCUCCUUCUACACCUCUCUGAUCUCGGAUGUCCACUACACCACCCCACGGGACUCCACCUAUUUCACGGGCAUUUAUCGGCAGGAAAACAGCCCCAUUCCCUGCUCCGGCAGCACAGAGGGGUUUAACACGCUGGGGCAUCCUGUUCAAGAUGUGACUGGAUUUGAGUCCCGUGGCUUGUUUAGCUCAGAUUCAGGAAUAGAGAUGACUCCUGCAGAGUCUACUGAGGUUGAUAAAACCCUAGCAGAUCCCAUGAAAGUAGAAGCUUAUAAAUACAUGGACAUAAGUAGAUCAGAAGAAAUAAAAUACCAAGAAAAGUAUGACCCUGACUCAGAAGAUGAGAGCCCAGGCCUUAUUGAUAAGUACCAGGGAAUGCCCACCAGGUCCAGCCCUACCGCUGAACCUCAGCGGAUGGUUUCAGAGAGCACGAAGGCAGCCAAAGAGCAAGACCCACUUGAAGACGCAAAGUCUGGAGACCAGCACAGUGCCUCUGUGGUUACAGCCCCCGUCAAGAUCACACUCACGGAGACAGAAAGCGCUGGGGAAGAUGCCAGCAAAGAGACGAGCCCGACCCAGGCGGAGACUGGCCUGAAGCCGAGCCGUGAGGUGGUACCAAUGGUGACAGUGUCAGAGCCAGAAGAUGACAGCCCAGGGUCUGUCACGCCACCGUCCUCUGGCACAGAACCGUCCGGAUCAGAGUCACAGGGUAAAGGCAGCCUCUCAGAGGAUGAACUCAUCAGUGCCAUCAAGGAAGCAAAAAGCUUUUCCUUUGAGACUCCAGAGGUGCAGCGGUCACCAGCCCUUUCCACUGAGAAGAGAGAUCAGCGGGUCAAACCUGGGCGCCCCGCCGUCUCCUCACCCCUGGAUAACGAAGCCAGCAGCGCCGAGUCGGGAGACUCAGAGAUCGAGCUGGUCUCGGAGGACCCACUGGCUGCCGAGGAGGUGCUGCACUCCAACUACAUGACCUUCAGCCACAUUGGAGGGCCCCCUCCGUCACCCGCCUCCCCCUCCAUCCAGUACAGCAUCCUGCGGGAGGAGCGGGAGGCCGAGCUUGACAGCGAGCUCAUCAUUGAGUCCUGCGACGCCUCAUCGGCCUCUGAAGAGAGUCCAAAGAGGGAGCAGGACUCCCCUCUGAUGAAGCCCAUGGUCAUGGACAUUAUCAAGGAAGAGAACAGCUCGCGCACUGAUGCCUCAGACUAUGAAGCAAGUAAAACGACAGAGAGCAGGAUGAACAGGGAAAACCUGGCAGAGUCCGCGUCCCACCUGAAAUGCUCCUUUGUUCCACCAAAAGUAGGUGCUGAGCCCCCGACCUCCGCUGUCAGCACUGAGGAGCUGAAGGAAAGAAUAAUUCUGAAGAAACCCAUUGAAGAAACUGUUGUUAACCAAAGUAAAGUGUCUUCCAAGGACUCUGGCAAAAGAAGUCCCUUGGCUUCGCCCCUACUGCCAUUUUUAAAUAGGCAGAAAG